UCUCCUUCCCUCUCCCUUACUUUCUCCCCAGUCCCUCCCCUCCCCUCCCCCUUCCCUCCUCCGGCUCCAGCCUGUGAGGCCGCGCGGGUGGAGGAGGCUAUGGAGUGAGCUGGCUGCUUCCGCCGAAGCCGAGCCGGAGCAACCUGGAGGCGCUCGUCAGGGCCGGGGAGACGAGCCCCGCACCGCCCCUCCCGGGAGGAGAGGGGAAGAGGUAAUUAUAAUUGCCCAAUAUUGCAGCCAUGGAGUCCAUGCUUAAUAAGUUGAAGAGUACUGUUACAAAAGUAACAGCCGACGUCACUAGUGCUGUAAUGGGAAAUCCUGUCACUAGAGAAUUCGAUGUUGGUCGACACAUUGCCAGUGGUGGGAAUGGUCUAGCUUGGAAGAUUUUUAAUGGCACAAAAAAGUCAACAAAACAGGAAGUAGCUGUUUUUGUCUUUGAUAAAAAGCUGAUUGACAAAUAUCAAAAAUUUGAAAAGGAUCAAAUCAUCGAUUCUCUAAAACGAGGAGUCCAACAGUUAACUCGGCUACGGCACCCUCGACUUCUUACUGUCCAGCAUCCUUUAGAAGAAUCCAGGGAUUGCUUGGCAUUUUGUACAGAACCAGUUUUUGCCAGUUUAGCCAAUGUUCUAGGUAACUGGGAAAAUUUGCCUUCUACUGUUUCUCCAGAUAUUAAGGAUUAUAAACUUUAUGAUGUAGAAACUAAAUAUGGUUUGCUUCAGGUUUCUGAAGGAUUGUCAUUUUUGCAUAGCAGUGUGAAAAUGGUUCAUGGAAAUAUUACACCUGAAAAUAUAAUUUUGAAUAAAAGUGGAGCCUGGAAAAUAAUGGGCUUUGAUUUUUGUGUAUCAUCGACCAAUCCUUCUGAACAAGAGCCCAAGUUUUCAUGUAAAGAAUGGGACCCAAAUUUACCAUCAUUGUGUCUUCCAAAUCCUGAAUAUUUGGCUCCUGAAUACAUACUUUCUGUGAGCUGUGAAACAGCCAGUGAUAUGUACUCUUUAGGAACUGUCAUUUAUGCUGUAUUUAACAAAGGGAAACCUGUAUUUGAAAUUAACAAGCAAGAUAUUUAUAAGAGUUUCAGUAGGCAGUUGGAUCAGUUGAGUCGUUUAGGAUCUAGUUCACUUACAAAUAUACCUGAGGAAGUCCGUGAACAUGUAAAACUACUGUUAAAUGUAACUCCGACUGUAAGACCAGAUGCAGAUCAAAUGACGAAGAUUCCUUUCUUUGAUGAUGUUGGUGCAGUAACACUGCAGUAUUUUGAUACCUUAUUCCAAAGAGAUAACCUUCAGAAAUCACAGUUUUUCAAAGGACUGCCAAAGGUUCUACCAAAAUUGCCCAAGCGUGUCAUUGUGCAGAGAAUUUUGCCUUGCUUGACUUCAGAAUUUGUAAACCCUGACAUGGUACCUUUUGUUUUGCCCAAUGUUCUAAUGAUUGCUGAAGAAUGCACCAAAGAAGAAUAUGUCAAAUUAAUUCUACCUGACCUUGGCCCUGUCUUUAAACAGCAGGAGCCAAUACAGAUUUUGUUAAUUUUCUUACAAAAAAUGGAUUUGCUAUUAACCAAAACUCCUCCUGAUGAAAUAAAGAACAGUGUCCUACCAAUGGUUUACAGAGCACUAGAAGCUCCUUCCAUUCAGAUACAGGAACUCUGUCUAAACAUCAUUCCAACCUUUGCAAAUCUUAUAGACUACCCAUCCAUGAAAAAUGCUUUGAUACCAAGAAUUAAAAAUGCAUGUCUACAAACAUCUUCCCUUGCUGUUCGUGUAAAUUCAUUAGUAUGCUUAGGAAAGAUUUUGGAAUACUUGGAUAAGUGGUUUGUACUUGAUGAUAUCCUGCCCUUCUUACAACAAAUUCCAUCCAAGGAACCUGCAGUCCUCAUGGGGAUUUUAGGCAUUUACAAAUGUACUUUUACUCAUAAGAAGUUGGGAAUCACCAAAGAGCAGCUGGCUGGAAAAGUAUUGCCUCAUCUGAUUCCUCUGAGUAUCGAAAAUAAUCUUAAUCUCAACCAGUUCAAUUCGUUCAUUUCCGUCAUUAAAGAGAUGCUUAAUAGAUUGGAGUCUGAACAUAAGACUAAACUGGAGCAACUUCAUAUAAUGCAAGAACAGCAGAAAUCUUUGGAUAUAGGAAAUCAAAGGAAUAUUUCUGAAGAGGCAAAAGUUACAAAUGUUGGAUCUCAGAUUGACAAAGUUUUUAACAACAUUGGAGCAGACCUUCUGACUGGUGGUGAAUCAGAAAAUAAAGAGGAUGUGUUACAGAAUAAACAUAAAAGAGCAUCACUUACACUUGAAGAAAAACAAAAAUUAGCAAAAGAACAGGAGCAGGCACAGAAGUUGAAAAGUCAGCAGCCUCUUAAACCCCAAGUACAUACACCUAUUGCUCCAGUGAAACAGACUAAGGACUUGACAGACACAUUGAUGGAUAAUAUGUCAUCUUUGACCAGCCUGUCUGUUACUGCCACUAAAAGUUCUGCUUCAAGUACCUUCACUUCUGUUCCUUCCAUGGGCCUUGGCAUGAUGUUUUCUACACCAAUUGAUAAUACAAAGAGAAAUUUGACAAAUGGCCUAAAUGCUAACAUGGGCUUUCAGACCUCAGGAUUCAACAUGCCGGUUAAUACAAACCAGAACUUCUUCAGUAGUCCAAGCACACCUGGAGUGACCACGAUGACAAUGGGAACACCUUCCACUUUGCCAAACUUCAAUGCUGUGGGGGUUCCUCCUGCUGGUGCAAAGCAGACUCAACAAAGACCCCCAGAUAUGUCUGCUCUUAAUAAUCUCUUUGGCCCUCAGAAACCCAAAGUUAGCAUGAACCAGUUAUCACAACAGAAACCAAAUCAGUGGCUUAAUCAGUUUGCACCUCCUCAAGGGUCUCCAGGAAUGGGCAGUUCAGUAAUGGGAACACAAAUGAAUGUGAUGGGACAAUCUGCCUUUGGUAUGCAAGCCAAUCCUUUCUUUAACCCACAGAACUUUGCACAGCCACCAACUACUAUGACCAGUAGCAGUUCAGCUAGCAAUGAUUUAAAAGAUCUAUUUGGGUGAGGUGUAUUGCUCCUAUUUUUAAAGGAUUCAAUUUAAUCAUGUGUGAACUGAUUUACAUCUUUAUAUAAUUGGCUUUGAGGCGCUAUUUCUAUGGGAAAAUGAAUGGUUCUAAGAUAGAAAACACCUGUUUCUAUGCCAGCAUAGUGUAGUUGUUUGGACUCCUCUGACAGUAGAGUUUUUUAAAGCAUUGAGGAAUUUUUUCCCUCUUACCAUAUUCUCUCCGGGUUUUUAAAAGACCCAACCUGUACCAAUCUCAAAGAGAAGAUACCUGAGUACCUUGAAUAGCAAAAUUUUUUAAUCAAAUGUUUAUUUUGCUUGUAAAUCUUGUUGUUUAAAAAAACUGAGUUGAUGGUAAUUGCAAAUUUUACCUAUUAAAUACUACAUGGUACAUAGUCUGCCUUCACAAGUCAUUAGUCUUCAUUUUAAUAUGUGAAAAAUCUUGAUGCUGUGUUGAAUUGUUUGCAUUUAGUAUGACUGAGUGAGAAAAUAAUAAGCAUAGAGAAAAAGAUCAUUACUUUUUCCAAUCUUAUUUACUUCUCAGAUGAACUAAUGUUUAGUACAAAAGACAGAGCAAAUACUGCAAAAUUUAACUUAACAUUGAUUUCAUUGGUUCAAACUAAAGGCAUUAUUAACCAUCUCAAAUGCAAAUUAAUCAUUGUAAAUUAUAUUUUAGCAUGGUCUGCCUCAAAUAGUAAUGUAUUUUUCUGUAUUUCGUUGGAUAUAUUUAGAAUCACUUUUUCCUAUGGUGUCCAGACAGGAGAGGUAUGUACUGAUUUGUACAUAUAUUUGACAAAGCUCCCUGAUGUGAUUUCCCGGAAUACUGCCUUUAUAUUUCACUUGAAUUCAAAAUUCUGAGUUUGCAGUAUAUAUGAAUUGCAUUUUCAAAAGGAGGUUUGUAAGAAUUAAACUAUAUUUAAUGAGUAAACAUUUGAGAUUUCUGCUGUAUUGUUUCAACUGUAAUAAACUUACUUCUAUAAAAAUGA